AAGGGUUAAUUUUGGUACUUGAUGUUGGUCCAUCUAUGCGUAAUAUUUUGCCAGAGAUUGAAAAAGUUUGUUCCAUGCUAGUACAGAAGAAGCUGAUUUACGGGAAAUAUGAUGAAGUAGGAGUUGUGUUAUUUGGAACCCCAGAUACUAAUAAUGAGCUGACAACGGAAGUGGGUGGAUAUGAACAUGUGGUUGUUUUGCGGCAUAUCAAAGUAGUUGAUGGAGAUCUUGUUGAAGCUUUACAACAGCUUCCUCAAGGAACUGUUGCUGGUGAUUUUCUUGAUGCCAUUGUUGUCGGGAUGGAUAUGCUGAUAAAAAAAUUUGGACCAACAAACAAGGGCAAAAAACGCCUUUGUCUUAUUACAAGUGCAGUUUGUCCUGUUAAAGAUCCUUACGAAGGAACAAAAGAGGAUCAGGUCAACACCAUUGCUGCUCAGUUGACUGCACAUGGCAUGAAAAUGGAUUGUAUUGUUUUUAGAGGAAAAGAAAUUGGGGAACAAAAUAGGAGAAUAAUGGAGGAGAAUGAUCUUUUGUUGAAUAUAUUUUCAAAGAAGUCUUCUUCAAAGGCAGUGUAUGUAGAGAGUCCAACUUCUUUAUUGGGUGCACUUAGAACUCGUAAUAUAUCUCCUGUGACAAUAUAUAGGGGGGAUCUUGAAAUAAGCUCCAAAAUAAAGAUCAAGGUUUGGGUCUAUAAGAAAACAUCUGAAGAGAAGUUUCCCACACUGAAAAAAUAUUCGGAUAAAGCACCUCCUACGGAUAAAUUUGCGAGUCACGCAAUAAAGGUGGACUAUGAAUACAAAAGUGUUGAAGAUCCUAGUAAAGUUGUACCUCCAGAACAAAGGAUUAAAGGUUACCAAUAUGGACCCCAAGUAGUUCCUAUUUCAUCUGCUGAAUGGGAUGCUGUGAAGUUCAAACCAGAGAAGAGCGCGAAGCUUCUAGGAUUUACAGACACUUCAAACAUAAUGCGACAUUAUUACAUGAAAGAUGUCAACAUCUUCAUUGCUGAACCGGGCAAUACAAAGGCCAUCCUUGCAGUUUCUGCAUUAGCAAGAGCAAUGAAGGAUAUGAACAAAGUAGCAAUUAUGCGCUGCAUAUGGAGACAAGGACAGGGGAAUGUUGUUGUAGGGGUCUUGACUCCUAAUAUAUCUGAGAAGGAUAAUGUACCUGACUCAUUUUACUUCAAUGUGCUUCCGUUUGCCGAGGAUGUUCGAGAGUUUCAGUUUCCAUCUUUCGGCAAUUUUCCUUCAUCAUGGCAGCCUAGUGAACAACAGCAAGAGGCAGCCGAUAACUUGGUAAAGAUGCUUGACCUUGCACCAGCUGGAAAAGAGGAAGCUUUGCAGCCUGACUUCACACCAAAUCCGGUUUUAGAGCGUUUUUAUCGCCAUCUGGAGAUGAAAUCAAAGCAUCCAGAUGCAGCUGUGCCUCCACUUGAUGAAACUCUGAAGAAAAUAACGGAACCUGAUCCUGAACUUCUUACUCAAACAAAGUCUGUCAUUGACGAAUUUCGUAGACGUUUCGAACUCAAGGAGAAUCUGAAGCUGAAGAAAUCAACUAGACAAACGUUGAGAGAGAAACCAUCUGGAUCAAGAGAGGAAGGAGAGGAUUCUGAUGCCCGAGCUGUCAAGUCUAUAGAAUACAAAUCUUCAGUUAAAGUUGAGAAGAUUGGGGACUUGACUCCCGUUCAGGAUUUUGAAGCAAUGAUCACUUGCAGAGAUAGCCCAGAAUGGGUUAAUAGAGCAAUUCAGGACAUGAAGAAUAAAAUUUUUGACCUGGUGGAGAACUCUUUUGAAGGAGAUACAUAUCAUAAGGCAGUGGAAUGUUUAGUAGCUCUACGUAAGAGUUGCAUCGUAGAGCAAGAACCUAAACAAUUCAAUGACUUCCUGCGCUAUCUUUGUAGAUUCUGCCUGGAGAAAGACCUCAAAAGUUUUCGUGAAUUUCUCGCAUCCAAUGAGAUCAUGUUGAUCAGCAAGACAGAAGCUGUAGACAGCGAAGUUACAGAGGAUGAGGCUAGAAGCUUUAUGGUUAAAACAGAGUCAAAACCCGAGCAAGGACUCUAAGUAAAUGUCUUGGUGUUUUCUAUGGUGUUUACUGUUUAGGCUUCUUAUCGACGAGUUUUUGUCUGCAUGCUAAUUCAUGUAAACCACAUCCGUGUAGAUUUGGAAGAUGUUAAAUGUAUGACAAGAAGCAUAUAUCUGCAGCUUUUGAAAUUGUAGUGUUUGAUAUGCUGUUACAGCUUUCUUUGUAUGUGGAAGGACUUGUAGAAAUCAUGGAACAUAUUUGGACAAACAUAUACAUUCG